UGAUAAGAAAUUGCAACUCGAAAAUGACAUUUGCUUGUCAAAAUAACAAAAAUAUUAAGAAACCCAAUGACAACGAAGCCCAUCGACUAAAGUUCAACGAAGGAAAAAAAACAAACUAAUUAAUCGCAAAUGUUCAGAAUUUUCACGGUGCCUGUGCAGAAAUUUGUUCCCUCGUUGUGUUGUUUUGUCACAUUUAAAUGGAAAGAAUAAGACGAUUUGGCGGAUUUUAAUACGAAAAUAGUUAGAUUUUUUGCAGCUAGUCAACAAUGUUGAAGUGUUUACGCUUGCAUCAAACAAAGAGUACAAAUGUAUUCCCAUCGAUUCGAUACAAGGCAUUUCGCUAUCGUAGUAGCCGACCGCAUCAUUCAGCCACACUUUUUACACGAAAUGCACAAAAGGUGGGACCGAUAGUUUUAACUGCGCAACGAUGUGUUCAUGCGGCCGGUAUCUCGUUGCAGCAAUCAGCUAUGGCACAGGAACACAGCAAAUAUGAAUCGAAUGCACUUCCAAAGAGUACUCGUGUUGUGAUUUGCGGCGGUGGAGUCAUGGGCGCUGCUGUCGCCUAUCAUCUCGCUUUGCAAGGUUUUGGACAUGAAGUCGUGCUGUUGGAACAAGAUCGAAUUGGCGGCGGUAUGACAUGGAACUCAAGCGGUUUGGUCGGAGCGUUUAAGCCAACUUAUUCUCAGGUUUUAUUGGCUCAACAAACAAUCAAACUGUUCGAAGACUUAACGGCUAAAGGAUUCAAGACUGGCUGGAAGCAAUGCGGUUCACUGAAUUUAGCACGCACACGCGAUCGAUUGACGCAAUUCCGACGAAUGAAAGCGUUGAGCUCAUUGUGGGACAUUGAAUGUGAGAUUCUGACGCCAACGCAAUGUGCUGAAAAGUGCUCGAUCAUUGAAACUAGUGAUUUACUUGGCGGAAUCUGGAUUCCAAAGGAUGGUGUAGCACAUCCAAAGUAUAUUUGUGACACAUUAAUCAGCGAAGCAAGUCGAAUGGGUGUGACGGUGAUUGAAAAAUGCACCGUGAACGAAGUAGCACAGAAACAUGAUUAUGUUAGUGCAGUGCGAACGAACUAUGGCCGAAUAUAUUGCGAGUACUUUGUGAAUUGUGCUGGAUUUUGGGCUCGAUCGAUUGGUGAAAUGUCAGAACCAACGGUGAAAAUACCUCUACAACCAGCCGAACACUACUUUCUUCAUACGAAGCCCAUUAAAAAUUUGGACCCUAUGCUGCCAGUUGUGCGAGAUCUAGAUGGCCUAAUCUAUAUUCGUGAGGUUGAUGGCCGCAUUUUGGCCGGGGGCUUUGAUGAAAGAACUAAGCCCGCCUUUCGAAAUGUUACAAUACCAUUGGAAGCAAACCAACGAGAACUGGAUGUGGACUGGGAUCAAUUCUAUCCGUUGCUUCAAGAGAUUUUAAAACGCGUUCCUCAACUGAACGAAACGUUCUUGGAAAGCUUGAUAAAUACACCAGAAGCCUUUUCGCCGGAUUGCAAAUGGAUUCUGGGCGAAGCACCUGAGAUCCGAAAUUACUUAGUGGCAGCUGGUAUGAAAACGGUUGGAAUCUCUGCGGCCGGCGGUGCUGGCAAAGCGAUUGCUGAUAUUAUCGCUCAAGGCUAUUCAAAAUUUGACAUUUACGAAUUGGAUAUAUCCCGAUUUUUGAGCAUUCACAACAAUGCUAAAUUCUUACGAGAUCGUGUUGCCGAAGUGCCGGCAAUGCAUUACAACAUACCGUAUCCAUUUCAUGAGUUCAAAACUGGCCGAAAUUUGCGCAUGUCGCCCAUUUAUCCAGUAUUGAAAUCUCGUGGAGCGAUUUUCGGUUCAACAAUGUGCUACGAACGUCCAAACUACUUUGAUCCAAACGGAAGAUAUAAUUCAAAAGACGAUAUUGUCGCGACGGAAGAUUCAUUCAUUGCCAGCGACACAAACACAUAUUCAAAGCCACAUUGGUUUGAUAUUGUGGCUGGUGAGUAUGAUGCAUGCCGUGAAAAAGUUGGCCUUGCGGACUAUAGCUCGUUUACAAAAAUGGAUCUAUGGUCAAAGGGCGAUGAAGUUGUAAAACUGUUGCAGUAUCUCUGUUCAAAUGAUGUUGACGUGCCGGUCGGAUCAAUCAUACACACUGGCAUGCAGAACGUUCACGGCGGCUAUGAAAAUGACUGUUCAUUCGCUCGCCUGUCUGAAAAUCAUUACAUGAUGAUUGCACCAACGAUUCAACAGACACGAUGCAAAACAUGGAUCGCACGUCACCUGCCAAAAGAUAACAGUGUCAAUUUGUCGGAUGUUACUUCCACCUAUACAGCCAUGUGUAUUCUCGGGCCGUUCACUCGAAUUCUACUGUCCGAAUUAACCGACACCGAUUUAUCAGCCAAAAGUUUUCCAUUUUUUACAUUCAAAGAGCUUGAUAUUGGGUCGGUAAAUGGAAUUCGUACGAUGAAUUUAACACACACCGGUGAACUUGGCUACGUUUUGUAUAUACCAAAUGAGUUUGCGUUGCAUGUGUAUUCGAGAUUGUGGGAAGCUGGCCAAAAGUAUGGGAUUAAACAUGUUGGUCACUACGCGACGCGAACGUUAAGGAUCGAAAAGUUCUACGCAUACUGGGGUCAGGACUUGGAUACGUUUACAACCCCGUUGGAGUGUGGGCGGAGCUGGCGUGUCAAAUUCAAUAAAGGUGUUGAUUUCAUUGGCAAAGAUGCGUUGCUGCAGCAGCGUGAUGAGGGCGUCCAUCGACUCUAUGUGCAGCUGCUGUUGAACGACCAUGAUCCAGAUAUUGAUCCAUGGUGCUGGGGCGGAGAACCAAUUCUAAGAGAUGGCAUUUACUGUGGUCAAACCACAACAACCGGUUAUGGUUAUACAUUCAAGAAGCCCGUUUGUUUAGGCUUCGUGAAGAAGAUUGAUGGAGACGGCCGAGAGGAUCCAGUAACUAAUGAAUAUGUACUUAGCGGUGACUAUGAAGUCGAAAUCGCCGGCGUUAGAUAUCCGGCAAAAGUUCACUUACACUCGCCAAAUCUUCCCACGAAAUACCCAGAUAAAGAGCGAGCAGCGUAUUCAGCAACUCGUGAUGAUCCAGUCAAUUUAACUAAAUUAAAACCUCAUCUCGCUUAAUCGUGAUUUUACCUUUUAGUCGUAGCUUAUACACAUCACAAUCGCUCAAAAUCUAGAAUUUUUCAAAAAUGUACUUGUUUUUGUGUUGAUUUGUUCAAAUCUGUUGUCUACCUUAAUAAACGAACACUCGUGAUCGGAACGAAUCAAAACGUUCAAAGUGCAAUGAAAAACCAAACUGUCGUGCAAUUCUCUCCAAAUUCGAAAUAUAAAGAAAUCUCAGACGAUGAUAAUUCAAA